AUGGAGGAGUUGGUUGGUGUUACUGCUUGUGUUACUGAAAACAGGAGUUGUUGUUUGAGAUGUGUGGUGGCGGUGGCGUCAUUGUCUGUAGAAGGCGGCUUCAAGAUGGUGGUGGAGGAAGAAGUGGUGGCAGUUCUUGGUUUGUGUAACUGGUUACUGCAUGGGGGUGUUCUUGCUAUUGCAAGUUCUGUGUUGGUCCCAGGGGUUGAUGCUGUGGUAGCCUUCUAUGGUGUGCCUUCACCAGAACUUGCAGAUCCUCUCCAUGCUAAGGCACCAGUGCAAACACAUUUUGAGAAUUUGUACAAUGUCUUUUUGAACAUUAGAGAUGAUGAAGCAGAGCAUUGUAAGACAAUGAAAGCCUGUCAGACUCAUGGAAGCAUCCGCUCUCCUCACUCGUAUCCAGACGAUGCACGGGAUAAUGAUUUGGGUUGUAUAGUUCCUGAGGCAGACUGUGAAGGCAUUGUAGAUUGUAUCAAGAAAUCUGUCAAAGACUCCGGUGCAAAGAAAAAGUGA